UGGACUGAUGAGUUUUUGACCUGGAACCUUUCAAAGUACAACAAUCUCGAGUUUUGCGUCUUUUCGCCUGAGGAGAUCUGGGUCCCAGACAUAUCUCUUAUGAACAAUGCAGACAGAACCGAGAAACUUGCUGGUGGAAAGAACAAGUACAAAAGCAAUAUAUUUGGACUAUCAAAUGGCAGUUUGCGUUGGAUUUCGCCWGCUUCUUUCUCCAGCACUUGUAACCAGAACAUCAAGCUAUGGCCAAUGGAUAAACAARUAUGUCAGCUGAAAUUUGGAUCGUUUGUAUUUCCACGACGUCACUUGGUUAUUAGUUCACUAAAGGAGAAUUAUCAGCCAGGAUCUAUAUCCAAUGGCGAGUGGACCAUUGACGAUAUCCAAGUCGAUAAUAAACCAUCAAAGAGCACAAAAUGCUGUGGAACUUUCAGUACAGCGAUUUACUCCAUCAAACUCAGCCGUAAGCCURUGUUUGUGAUGUUUUUCAUCUCACCACCCGCCAUUGUCCUUGUCAUAUUAGCUCUACUCAGCUUCUUCAUCCCGACGGAGAGUGGGGAAAGGAUUGGUUUUGUCACUACUAUACUGCUAACACUGAUGGUGUUCUUGCUAAUGCUUCCCAACUACCUCCCCCAGUCAUCUGACCAUCUACCUAUAUUUGGACUUGUMAUGAUGUGUUGUAUGCUUGUUAUUGUUUUAGCAUUGACUACCACAAUCUUUAUCUUAAAGUGUUACUACAAGGAGGGAGUSCCUUCUUCUUCAGUAGUACGAUUUCUAUUUCCACUGAAGUUUAAGUUCAGGAAAAAUCAAAACAGUAUUGAAAAUCAAGAUGUUGAAGCCGCGAGAAACGUAGGAUGGAGUUCUAGAACAAGUCACGGUAUUACAUGGCAGGACGUGGCGAAAAAACUGAACUGGAUUUCAUUCUAUUCAAUAUGCAUCCUUUCUGGAGUGCUCUGUUUGUUGUCGAUUUACGUAUGA